AUGUCGUCGUCGUCGGCCGCGGUGGUGCUGCACAAGGGCAAGCUUCAGAGGUCGUGGCCGCAGCUGCCCGCAGACGUCCUUGGGCUGAUCGCCCGCCAUUUCCUCGCCGCCGUCUACGCGUCCAUGGACACGCCCGACAGCUGGACCGCAGAGCGCGACACGUGGGAGUCCCGCAAUGUAUAUGUCCAUCUGCGGAUCGCCACCGAGCUCGAGAGGCUCAUGUACGUCUGCCCGUCUUGGUACGACGCCCUCGAAAACAACGGCUUCUGGGACAACGCGACCGGCCAGAUCGACCCGAACGGCGCGUACGACCGGUACAGAGUGAUAUACCCCCCUCCGUCCUCGGCGCGCGCCCCUCCGCCAAUAGCCAUCCCGGCCUACAAACACUUCAAACGCGCCUACGCCCUCUCGUGCGCCGUAUGCCGAAUAAACCGCCCGCACACGCUCUCCGGCCUCGACCUCCCCUCCGCGGCACGUCGGCAGGGGUGGUGCGCCGCGCUCGGCACGCUCUCGCUAUGCCGCGACCACCGGCGCACGGCGUUCUGCGGCUCGUGUCUCCGCGAGCCCGCGCCGUGGCCCGCACCAAGGAAGGACCAGCUCGCGCUGUCGCUGUAUGCGAACGACGACGCACGCAUGUUUCCGCACGUGGCUAUGACCUGCCGCUCGUGUCGCCAACAGGCGCUUGACCGUGUUAUUCGCGCGUCUGGCCUGGCGCGCUGGGCGCUGCACGACCCCGAGUCGGAUCAGUCUAUGGACUGGUUCGUCGAUGCCGGGGAGGGUACGGUCGACGAGGUCGUGCGGUGUAUCAGGGAAAAGCAGUGGCUGUUGGAGCAUACGCGCGUCAACGAGUUUACCCGCGAAGCAGUGGCCACGGCGCGGUAUCUCGAGAGAUUAGAAGACGUGGCGCAAGGGAACGAUAUGGAGGACGACGACGAGGACGACGAGAUUGACGACGAGGCGGUGGCGGAUCUCGCGCAGCCUGAACAUUUCCUGCAGGCGAGAGAUAUGGCCGCGACGGACUGGGCGAGGACGAGGAUACUCGACGGACAUUGGGUCAGUCCGGGAGAUGACUAUUACGAGGUGCAGCGCACAGUUGGACGCGCGGAGCACCCCGCGCCGUGGACGCUCGGCACUGCAAACUCGUCUUCCCCGGUUCUGCCUCCGAGCGCAGAUGGCAUACAUCCGACGCAGAAGAGUAUAUCCACACGACGCGCGCCGACGUAUAGGCUCGCGCAACAGCUCUACUCGAGCUUCACCUCGCAGAUGUCGGCCAUCAUCGGUCCCGCGCUACACAACGUCGCCAAACGACUACUAUUGACCGCGGCAGACCCAGCAGCGACAGCGGCGAGGAUGAGCGUGCACGAUGUCGUGCGGGAGCUGCAACAGCCCUACGCCUGGGCGAAAGAGCUCGACGCGGUGUGCUGCCCGCCUCUGGUCCUGCCCCCACGAAGAACGGUGGCUACUACGACGGGCACGAGUCCCAGCGCGAGCAGCAGCGUCGAGAGCGCCGAGACGGACGCCACGAGCCCCGUCCUGAGCUCCAGCACGGUCCUCACCACGCCCUCGCCACCGCCCAAAAGCGACGACGCGGACAUGGCCAGCUCCGACGCCGAUAACGAUAACGACGGCGACACGACGCUAAGGGAUAUCGAGGGCGAAGGCGGGCUCGACGCGGAGAACGAGAGCGAUAGCGCAAGGGAGAGGGAGAGGGUGGAGAAGGAAGAAAAGGCCAAGACCGGCGUGCCCCCGCCCGCGCCAGACAACAUGCUCCGCGCGAUCCCCUACGUCCCGCGCACGCUCGUCGGCAUCCCGGACAACAGCAUCGCGAUUAUCCGCUCGCUGUGGCGCGAGGCCAGCGCGCCGUUAUAUACAUGCACGUGCAGCAUAUGCGCAAGGGCGCGCGGGGCGCAUUAUGGGCAGCAAGCCCAAACGCAGGGGCAACAUCAGGGUCAACAUCAAGGACAGGGGCAGAGUCAGAUUACGGUGCCGAGCCAGCCGCCGCUCGUGCAGGUGCGCUUGCCGCAGGCUGGGCAGGACGACGACGAUGACGAUAUGGACGACGAGGACGAUGAUUGGGGCGUGAGUAUGGAUAGCGACACUGCAGACUACUCGGACGAGGAUAUGGAUGUACAUGUUGAGCGGCCCGUCGCGCAACAUCGGCCUGCGAACCUCGCUGCGGCGCCUGCGCCGUUGUACCGCUUACAGUCGCCUCCGACGGGGCUGGACGCUACGGGUGGACUCAACGCGAACGGGAAGAGGCCUGUAUCCGUCACGGUGCAAGAGGAAUCAAGAACAGAGGACUUUGAUCCCCAGCGGGGCCCUCAAGACUCGUCCGCAUUGCGCGCCGCUGUCUCGCGCAGGCAAAGCGCGGGUAUACCGCCUGAUGCGACGCCACCUAGAGCUGCGCUAAGGCUCGCUACGCCGCCACCGGAGGGAACACCACCAAAGCGCGCGAGGUUGGAGCUGGUCACUGAGCCAGGCGCGGUUGUGGGGAAUGAGGGCGAGGGCGAGGCGCAGACGCAGACUAGGAUGGCGAAGAGGCGGAGCGAGGAUCUGGAGACGAUCCCGACGCUCAGUACUAAACUGGUUCGUUGGAUAAGGUCUCAAGCGCUGGCUUUGCUCGAUAUGUACGAGUACUCGGUACAGUGUUCAUGCCACCCCGCAUCCACUCGCUCUCGCUCUCGCUUUGCUGUCCCGCUUGCUCCGUCGUUGUACUCCAUGCCCCUCCACCCUGUCUUCUCCGCAUUCGUUCAUCUACCUCUACCCCGCUCCCCCUCGUAUCACGCCCUUCAUCCUUCACCCUGA